AUGUCGAACUUUGACAUCAAUGCGAUCUUACGCGGUGCGCAGCUAACUCUCGUUGGUGCACAUCGAGCACUCCAAAAUCCAGCUCUAUUUACCUCCGACCAUUACAGGCAAGCAGUAUUGGCGGUAGUCUCGGGCCUUGCUAUCCGUAUCAUCAUCUCAAUCCCGGUUGUAGUGGUAAAAGUCCUGAUAUGGAUGCUUGGACUAUUUAUGAAUCUAGACGCGGCGGACUGGGACAACGAGCUGAUUGAAGGACUGAGCUUUAUUGAGAACUCGGUCCUUCAAGUACCGUUCUUCCUGAUGUCAUUCAUGCGCUUUGUGAGUCCAACAUUGGACCGAAUGUUUAUGGAAUCCCUGGAUUGGGUUGAUCGAACGUAUAUCGCCAAGCACAAGUCCGAUGACCCAACCAAACUGCGGGCCAUGUACUACGAGAAUCUGAAAUUGUAUUCUCGUCACGGUUCAGGGGAGAAGAAGUCACCGAUGGAUGCGGCUUUGGCGUUCUUAAUUCGGUACGGGAGACGAGCAGCGAUAUCAUUAGCGGUAUACGCCCUGUCCUUUUUGCCUCUUGUUGGGCGAUUCGUCCUUCCGGCUGCGAGUUUCUACACGUUCAAUAAGUCAGUCGGCACUCCGCCGGCUUUGGUGAUUUUUGGAAGUGGACUCUUCCUUCCCAGACGCUACCUAGUUGUCUUCUUACAAACCUACUUCUCCUCCCGCAGUCUCAUGCGAGAACUGCUUGAUCCAUACUUCUCAAGGGUACCCUACACUAAGGCUCAAAAGAAGGAAUGGUUCCAUGACCGCGCCGGCGUUCUCUUCGGCUUCGCUUUGGCAUUCUAUGCCAUGCUGAAGAUUCCGCUGCUCGGUGUCCUUGUCUACGGCAUUGCUGAAGCGAGCACUGCAUAUCUCAUCACAAAGAUCACCGACCCGCCUCCUUCGCCAUCGGCUGCCCGGGAUUAUGCGCAAAGUCAGGUGAAGUGGACGAACAAGCACGAGUUCUUAUCCCUGCCGAUCCACAGACUGGAUGAACUGAACGCGCAGUUAAAGCCCACGGCAAAGAAGUUCAUCGACGAAUUCCCUGGGAAGAGAUUCACAUGA